AUGCUCACAGAAAAGUGCUUGGGAUUUGUUUAUUCUGGACUAUGUCUCUGGGCAUCCUUGUUCCUGUCUUUCUUUAAAGCGUCUCAGCAGGGUGAAAGCCAGAGACACUUGUAUAGAGAACUGCUGAGAAACUAUAAUCGUCUUGAACGACCGGUAGUGAAUGACUCCCAACCCCUUGUAGUUGAGCUUCAGCUUUCUUUGCUGCAGAUAAUUGACGUGGAUGAGAAGAAUCAGCUGUUGAUCACAAAUGCUUGGCUGCAGAUGUACUGGGUUGAUGUUUACUUGUCUUGGGAUCAGUAUGAAUACCCAGGGGUGCAGAACUUGCGAUUUCCAGCCGACCAGAUUUGGGUACCAGACAUUCUUCUGUAUAACAGUGCGGAUGAAAGAUUUGAUGCGACAUUUCACACGAACGUGCUGGUGAAUUACUCUGGAUCCUGCCAAUAUAUUCCUCCAGGCAUUUUGAAGAGCACAUGUUACAUUGAUGUCCGCUGGUUCCCCUUUGAUGUGCAGAAGUGUGAUUUGAAGUUUGGCUCCUGGACUCACAGUGGCUGGUUGAUUGACCUGCAGAUGCUCGAGGCUGAUAUUUCCAACUACAUCUCAAAUGGAGAAUGGGAUUUAGUGGGUGUUCCAGGAAAGAGGAAUGAGCUGUACUAUGAAUGCUGUAAAGAACCAUACCCAGACGUGACGUACACCAUCACUAUGCGCCGACGCACCCUCUACUAUGGCUUGAACCUACUCAUUCCCUGUGUUCUCAUAUCCGGCUUGGCACUGCUUGUUUUCCUUUUGCCAGCUGAUUCAGGGGAGAAGAUUUCUUUAGGUAUCACUGUCCUGCUUUCCCUGACCGUAUUCAUGCUGCUUGUGGCUGAGAUCAUGCCUGCAACUUCUGACUCAGUCCCACUAAUAGCUCAGUAUUUUGCUAGCAUCAUGGUCAUUGUUGGUCUGUCUGUGGUGGUAACAGUGCUGGUUCUGCAGUUUCACCAUCAUGACCCGCAAGCAGGAAAGAUGCCCAAAUGGGUUAGAGUGCUCUUGCGAUGUGCCAGAUUUUUACGAAUGAAAAAACCUGGGGAAAAUAUAAAGCCCCUCUCUUGCAAAUAUAGCUAUCCCAAGCACCAUCUGAGCGUAAACAGCAUUGAGAUGAAUGUCCUACCUGGGCACCAGUCCAGCAAUGGCAACAUGAUCUAUAGCUACCACGCGAUGGAAAACCCAUGCUGCCCCCAGAAGAAUGAUCUGGGUAGCAAGAGUGGAAAGAUUACUUGCCCCUUACCAGAAGAUAUUGAGCUUGUUCAAAAGAAGGCUUUAAUGGAUACUAUUCCGGUGAUUGUGAAGAUCCUGGAGGAAGUUCAGUUCAUAGCAAUGCGCUUCAGGAAACAAGAUGAGGGUGAAGAGAUCUGCAGUGAGUGGAAGUUUGCAGCUGCUGUCAUAGACAGAUUAUGCCUGGUUGCAUUUACCCUUUUUGCCAUCAUUUGCACAUUUACAAUACUCAUGUCUGCUCCAAAUUUUAUAGAAGCUGUUUCAAAGGAUUUUGCAUAAGGAUUUCAAAGAUGAGCACAAUAAUUUAAAAGUGAAUAUUACCGGUAGUUUUGCUAGAUAAUUUAACUCAAAUAGAGAAGUGUACUUUAAUGUGCUAACAUACACAGAAGGGGAUGAAAAUAAUUUCAGGAGGUAAUUAUUCCUCUUGUUAGUAAUUGUAGUUACUGAAUAGUAAACGUAUCGAGCUCUGUUACUUGUAAACAUAUUGAGCUCUGUUACUUAUUUCAUAGACUAGUUCCACGUGUAAUUAUGUCAUGAUCUGUGACAAACGAUCACAGGUAGACAAGAAUUCAAAUCUACAAUAUAUUAUUACAAGCUAAAACUAGUAUCAAUGUGUUGCUAUGAAUUUGUGAACUUUUAGAUAUUGUUAAUAAUUUAAAUGUUCAUUGAUGACUAUAAACUUUACAGCAUUUUGUUGUUUUCAGUAUAUAUGUGUUUUAUAAUUUUUAUUUAGUGUGGCUGUGACAUUCACUUCUCAGAUUUGACAGACAUCUCUCCACAGUCUUAUGAUGCUGUAUAUUGUAUUUACGAAAAUAAACUAUCAUCAUGUUAGCUCUUA